AUGGCGAUCUGCAGCUACUUCCUGGAGGGCCGGUGCCGGUACGGAGAUCGAUGCUGGAAUGAACAUCCCAGAGGAGGCGGCGGCCGCCGGCAGGAGCAGAGCCGGUCCCACUACCAGCAGCCUCCAGCUGGUUCUAGAACAUGGACAUCAUCCAACCAGAGAUAUGUACAGCCUUCUAAUUUUUCCAAGUCUACAACAUGGACCAGGGAUAACAGCCAGACAUCCUAUGCACCGCAUUCUGAUUCCCAUGAUAACAGAAGCAGACCAUACAAUUCAGGCUCCUCUGCAGGAUCCUUCUCUAACCAAAAUCGGUUUUCUACUCUGUCCUCCCAGGAUCAUUCCAGAGAGACACAAUCAGACAAGGAUGGAAGCCUCUUUGACGAAAUAAAACGUGACUUGGAUGCCUGGGAAUCUUCUGGGCAAUGGAUUUUCUCUGUUUAUAGUGUCAGCAAGGAUACAAGAAAUGUAACAGAGUUUACAGACAUUUCACCAGAGGAAUUGCGCCUGGAAUGUUAUACAGCACGCGAUUCUGGAAAUAUGCAGAACUAUGUGAGUUCAGUACAGCAACUAGCCAGCCAGUGGAAACAAAGGAUACAUGCCAUUAGGAACACGAAUAUUUCAUCUCAAACUGCACUGAUCAAUGAGCUUACCAAGCCUGCAGCUAGCUCAGCUCCCAUGUUUGGAGGACAACAAAACUCUAGCUUUCCCACUACAAGCUCAUCCACCAGCAGUGUACCUCAGUCUGCCAUUAAUUUCAGCUUCAAGACAGAUUCUCAGGCACCUAGUGCAGGGCCCAUUUCCAGUUUUCCCAGUGCUCCAGGAUUUGGCAACAAAUCAGCAACCGGUUUUAGCAAUGCAGUGACAGGAUCUGCAGCUUCAUUUUCUUUUGCAGUACAAAAGCUUCUGAUGGUGCAUCAUCUGGCUUCAACAGUGCAAAGGCGGUUUCGGCUGCUACAUUUUCCUUUGCACCCACCACCUCCUCAGAUGCCGGAGCAACUUCUUUUUCUGGGUUUGCUGCAGCCACAACUGCUCUGCCUGCAAGUACUUCUACCAUCACAGCUGGUUUUGGAGGAACAACAGCGGCUUCAGGUUUUGGGCAAGAUACCAAAUCAGUCUUUGGAGGGACAACAGCGGCUUCUGGUUUUGGGCAAGAUGUCAAAUCAGUCUUUGGAGGAACGACAGCAGCUUCUGGUUUUGGGCAAGGUGCCACAUCAGUCUUUGGAGGGACAACAGCAGCUUCUGGUUUUGGGCAAGGUGCCACAUCAGUCUUUGGAGGUGGUUCUAGUACUUCUAGCUUUGGAGUUUUGGCUGGUAAUACAGCGACAUCAGGUUUUGGGGCAAAAACAAGUGCAGUGUCAGAUCUAUUCAAAGGAGGUGCUGCAAGCUCUGCCCCUAUUUCAACAUUUGGCCAAACAUCAAGUGUGUCAGAAAGUCGUCCACCAAGUGUGACCACAACAGCAGAAGCCAGCAGUGAAAACCCUGUUUUCACACCACGGUCUCAACUCUCUGACUUAGAACUCGCACAGUUUGAAUCCCAGAAGUUUACAAUAGGGAACGUUCCCCUGCGUCCUCCACCUGCAAAUCUUUUAACCUUAUAUUAA